GACCGUACAAAUCUGUCCAAAACCUGUUGAUUGAUCUGAAGCUCCUCCAUUUUUCUUUUCCCCAAGGUUUCAUGGUUGACUGACCUCUCAAGUAUCAUGAAGUUCUGUUUCAAUCAAACGACUCGUGUCUUCUAAUCGAUACAAAGUAUGGCUGAAACCACCGCAACAGCCACCGUCACCAACAAUAGAACCGCCAUCGCCACCGGCACCGGCACCAGUUACACUGUUCCUAAGCUCGAACCAUCACCCUCCGCCUCCAUGGCUACAACUAUUGAGGAUGUAGACGAAGAUAUGUUUCUAUCAAAGUCCGAGUUAUUAGCUCGUGAAGAAGUACUUAAACGACGAUCUCGAAAACUGAAGCAGAUAGCUAGGGUUUACAAGGAUCAUUACUGGUGUAUGAUGGAAGAACUGAAAUUGAAGUACAGAGAAUAUUAUUGGGAGUAUGGGAAGAGUCCGUAUCAGGAUGAUGGAUCAGUAACUGAAAUCGAUGCGGAAAAGAAUGGCGAUGAUGAGUUAGGGUUAGAGCUCAGUAGCGAUUUAAGUCGGUGUGCUGUUCAUGGAUGUAAAUCAAAAGCCAUGGCGCUAACCAAGUUUUGUCAUGCUCAUAUAUUGUCCGAUUCUAAACAGAAACUCUACAUGGGUUGCAAUUACGUGAUCAAAAGCUCACAAGCAGGACCUAUACUUUGUGGGAGACCAAUUCUUAAAUCCACAGUUCCUUCUCUAUGUGCAACUCAUUUCCAAAAGGCAGAAAAACAUGUUGCAAGGGCUUUAAAGAAAGCAGGGCUAAAUGUAACCUCUACUAGUAAAGUUGCUCCAAAAUUUCAUGUUAUUAUUGCAGAAUAUGUUCGUCUAAUUCAAACUCUGAAUUGGAUCUUUGUGUUGCUAGAUCAAACUUUGUGCAUUGAAGGACAAGGUAGAACAUCAACAUACAUUCAAAUUGAUCUGUUUGUGCAUUAACAAUUAUCUAUCUUCUUAAGAUGAUGCUGCUGAUGCAGCAAGAGUUUUGUGGUUUACUUUAUGAUGCUAUACACCCAAAACUACAUCAUUAGUGUUUUGUAUUUUGUAAUUGUGGUCUAGAGUUUCAAUGUUUGUGUAUGUUGUUUAAAUAUAUAUUGUUGCAAAAUGUUUUUCUUUGAAAGUAUCCCGAGUCUGCCAAUUUAAAUUUGAGCUUAUAAUCGUGUUUAGAAGC